AUGUCCUACGCCAGCUACAACGCCCCAUACGGCACAUCCAACAGCUACUACAGUGCCCCAGCUGCCCCUGCCGAAGAACCCCAUCGCAUCCUCUUUGCCGGCCUGCCAAAUGACAUUACAGCAACCGAGCUGAGAGACCUCAUAAUCUCCAAGCCACUGUCCCUCCCAACUCUCACGACGACUGUGACAAGCUUGUACGGCGAAGACGGGGUAUUCUUCAAUGCUGCGCUCGUGCAUGUCAACACAUGGGAAGAAGCCGAGAAGAUCAGGGAAGAAUAUAAUGGACGUGAUAUCGAUGGAGUGUAUAUCCUUCAAGUCCACCAUAUCCUCCCAUCCUAUAUCAGCCUGCCGUUGUCUUCAAACGUGUCUAUACCCUCAGGACCAAAGGCUAUGCAAGCGCCCGCCGCUAGAUCCCAGCCCUCCGCCCGGCCAGCAGUCCAACAGAAGGCGCCGAGGAAGGCUGGUCAGCAGCAGCAGAAUGGAAAAGCAAAGGCCGGGCAAUCGAACCAACCACCAGGAGCGGCGCUCUUGAGCAGGAUCAGUGGGAAGAAUGGCAAGCCUGCGCCGACCCCAGUUGCUGGAAAGAAGGCCAAGGCGGCUGCUCAGAACAAGAGUUCCGGCGACAACCUCCUCGCUCGGCUGGGUUCUACUCCCGGCCAAGCAUCAAAGUCGAAAAAGAACAAGAAUGGAAACGGAAAGGCAGCGAACAAUGGGGCUGCAAAGGUCAACCGGGCCAAGGGGAAGGCUUCAGGCAUGGAUGUCGAUUGA